AAAAUCCGCAGGACCGCUUCCAGAGUGAAGACGUGCAGAAGAUAACGAGACGGAUUAGGGUGAACAUCAGCGAUGAUGGCGGACCCGCUUCGUUCGGCAAGGAGCACCAGCACGACGGAGGACACGUCUCUUGUCCUCCCGUCCGACAAAAGUCGUUGCACCGGGCAGCAGCGAGUCAUGCAGCAGGUGAACAGCAUCAAGAGGAGCAAGUCAAAAAUAGUCAGAAAUGACUCCAGUCAGUCACCAACAUCUCAGUCACCUGCGACGGAAUAUAGUGAGCCUAAAUUCCAGUUUUCCCCGACAAAAAUGAACGGCUCUCUCUUCAGAAAGAGCUCGACCAACAUGAGCAGACGCCAGAGCAGAAUGAAUGGCUAUAGCGAAUCUGUGCGCAAAACCGCGAGAAGACAGAUCCAGAGCACCAGCCAGUUUGAAUCUCAAAUGCAAAUGGAGACACCAUUCAAUGGCAUAAAGCCCAGUGGCAGUGAUCCCACCUUAAAUCACGCAGCCCCCGUAAUGACCCAGAGGGGCAACCUAUCACGUGCCGCAACCUAUCAUGUGAAAUCUUCCGGCUCAUCACAUUCGUUGACAAAACCCAGGAGCAAAUCAGAAGCGUUGAGUACAAAUGAUCUCACAGCAGCUUUUGCUGGCAUCACUCUGAAGGAAGCGGUGGAUUACCUCAAACGAUCAGACGACAGAUAUCAGCUGUGUGGCGCAUCAUACAUACAGCAUCACACCUUUGCAGAGGACAUUACCAAAAAUGAGGUUUGGCGCUUGGGAGGGAUUCCUGUUCUCAUUCAGCUUUUGAAAACUGACAAUACUCAGCUGCAACAGACGGCGGCUGCUGCACUACGUAACGUGGUCUUUAAGGACAUAAGGAACAAGCGCCAGGUGGAGAGUUGUGGAGGAUUAGAAGUCAUUAGGAAUGUGCUUGCAUCCAGUAACGACACGGAAACCCAGAAACACCUCACUGGUUUGUUGUGGAAUCUGUCCUCGGCUAAUGAUCUGAAGCCAAAGCUCGUUAAAAGUGUCCUGCCCCAGCUCACAGAAAGCAUUGUGGUCCCAUACAGCGGGUGGCCUGUCAGCAACACCGACAGCACUGACAAGCAUAUCGAGCCUGAGGUUUUCGAAAACACCACCGGCUGUAUAAGAAACCUUAGCAGCGCGUCUGAGGAAGAAAGGAUAGCGAUGAGAAACUGCCCAGGCCUGAUCGACUCUCUCAUGACAUACGUUAAGUCCCAGGUGGAAAGAUACGAACAUGACGACAAGACGUUGGAAAACUGUGUCUGUGUACUUCAUAACUUAAGCUUCCAUCUGGAGACGGAGGCUCCGGAGUCUUUUUCUAUCCCAGAUGAAUCCCCACAAGACACAAGCAAACAGAGCUUAUUCAGCCCCAAGAACUCCAAGAUUCAAAAGGACAUUUCAUUUCCAUCAAUGGAUAAGAAGGAGCCUAAGGGUGUGAGUUGGCUGUACCAUAAAAAGUCACUGCAACUGUACCUGACUCUGCUGAGCUACAGUACGAAGGAAGCCACACUGGAGGCGUGCUGUGGAGCUCUACAAAACCUCACUGCUUCCAAGAACACUGUGUCCACUCUGAUGAGUAAGACCAUUGUUGAAAAGUUGAAUGGCUUGCCUUUCAUCUCUCCACUGCUGAAUUCGGCAAACCCCUCCCUGCAGAGAACGGCAGUGUCCUUGGUGGGAAACAUGUCCCGGGUGUCAGAACUGCGGGGUGCUUUGGCCAAGGAAGUUCUCCCACACCUCUCAUCGCUCCUCUGUUCUGUCGACUCCAAAACGGACGAUUCUGACUACACCAUCAGCUCAGCGUGUCGUGUGAUGCACACACUCAUGUUGUCCAAGCCCGAGCUCAGCAAAAAGGUGCUGACCAAAGAUCUGAUAGACUCUCUGAGCGAUCUGAGUAGAAACAUGACAUUCACAGAUGGAAGAAGAGCUGCCGGAGUUCUUCUGUAUAGUAUGUGGGGCGAAAAAGACAUUCACAAUAUGCUAAAAAAGCAAGGGAUGAACAAGUACACGUUUAUAAACGAAGUCACGGCUGCAUCAUACAAAAUAGUAACAUGCAAUAUUCCCCGCUGAUCGACAUGUUGUUUUGCAGAUAUGGUCUCUGUGAAGCAACAAAGAGAACAGCAGUUUGAAUUGCCUACAUAUACUGUUGGGUAUAUUUGCUUCUUGCUAGCAAAAUCCUUUUAGCGCCUAAUGUGCACGUUUACCAUGGGAAACAGUUUGUACACUUUGGCCUGCCAAACUUGCACUUCUGGUCUUGCAGAAUAGUAAUUCCUGUCAUAUUUUUGUAUUGCUUUUCUACGCUGCUUUUUUUUAGCAAUAUUGAAACUUUCUCGAAUGCCUUAUAUUAAGAUACAUGCUGAUCCAAGAGUGUUUCUUCAUGCAGUAACGGUACAUUCACACGGGGCGAAAGCAUUAACGCUUGACAGAAGGCUUGUCUGAAGCGUGGACAACAGCCAAUCACAGUGGCCGCAACACAUGCUCUGGUCUUCCAUAAACGUAAUUGACUUGCUCUGCCUAGGUUGCCGCUUGAAAAGUUGAGAAAUUUUCAACUUCUACCGCGAGCAACGGUACUGACGCAGCGCCGACAGAUCCACAAUUCAUUUCGGCAACGCAUGACGUCAACCAUUAAAAGUGAAUGGCAAGCGUUAACGCUUAUGCCCUGUGUGAAUGCGCCGUAAGGCCUGUGUGAUUGUCAGUAUCUAAAUGUUCCUUUAUGUAACAGUAUUUGAGCACUUGAAUGUCUGCUAAAUGCCUAAAUGUUAGGGCUGCAACUAACAAUUAUUUUCAUAAUCGAUUAAUCGGCUGAUUUUUUUUUUUUGAUUAAUCGACUAAUCGGAUAAACAAAUGGUACUCAAUUAGAUUUUUUCACUUAUUAUAGCUAAAUUAGGCACUAAAUUAGGGUUUUCACCUGUAAAAGUUAACCAUUCAGGACCUUGAUGUAGUAGUGACGUGAUUACAGGAAGUGAGCGGAGUCUCAGCAGAGUCGCAGAAGCCCCUCCCAUGACGUGAAUUUCCGCAUGAAUGUCUUUUACUCACGCAUGAAGUGAAUAAACUCAAAUGUUCAAGCGUCCAACUACGCGCAUAUAGCGCGUUUUUGCCGCCUCUACCGUGGCUGGUGUAAACGCAGCAUAAUAAAAACCUUGAUUUCCCCCUUACUUUAAAGCAGAUGCUUAGUUUGUCAUUCAGUAAAAUUUUUAUAAAAACCCUACGACAAUUAAACGAAUAGAAACUCUCUUAGAUUAAAGGAUGAAAUUAAACCUUUAUUAGCCAGAGUUUAUUUGCGCUUUAGCUUCUGACAUUGUCCUGUCCGGGUUGCCAGAUCCGCAUUACAAAACCAUUCAAAAUUUGUCUAAAAGCAUCCCAAUGACUUUUCACAACCCCAAUAUCAACAACUAAUGGACCAGAUCCUUCCAUCUCUAACCCGCAGUUUAAAAGAAACCCAAUUCUGAACUACGCCGAAAGGCCAACGCCGUCUUGCUUUUAAAACAAGCUGGUUGCGCGGAUAAGAAGAAGCGGUUGAUAAACGUGCAGCUCGUGUUGUAUGAAAAAAACGUGCCUGAGUUUCGAGCGUGCAGCUUUCCCUGUAUGAAGAAACAGCGCCUGACUUUAAUUAUAAGCACACAGUUUGCGCUCUAUAAAGCAGACGCCCGUCAGCGCUGUCCGACGGUGGUGUGACGUCAAAGGCCAACUAAUCAAUAAGAAAAAAAGUUGUUGCAGCCCUGGAUUAUACUCUCUAUAAAGAUGAAUCAUUUUUCCCUCAUCAUGUUAGGGCUUUGUUUUCAUGCUGGGUGCAUUAUGGAAUAUCAUUGUAUCCAUGUAUUAUGUAAUUGUAUACAAAUUAUUUUCCAUUUCUAUUCAGCAUUUUACAUGCAUUUCUUCUGCAGAACACAAAAUCUAUUUUGAUAAGUGCCUUUGCAAUCACUGUAUGUAUUAUGUAUUGCAAUACUUAAAUGACUGUAUUACUUCAGAAGAUUUGAAACAUGGGUUAAGUUUCCUUUUUGGAGCUUGAAUGUUUAAACCUUUAUUGAAUUGACAAAACGGCUAAAACAUAUCAGAAUUUUAUCGUUCAGACUGCCAGGGACUUUCCCACUUCCUGUGAAAUGAAUGAGAUCAUGUCGCUCUGCCACUACUAGUCACUGGCAGUCUGAACAAAAGUAAAAACAUUUGUUACAUUUGAUUUUUUUCCUGUUGUUUAUUUUUUAAUAAGCAAUAUUUUGAUGUAACACAUUUUUUAUGGUUUCUUGUUCAAACACAAUUGCAAUGCAUUAUACUGACUUGUGUAGGUGAUUCAAGGUACUGUACAUAACUAGAUCUUUUCUUUUAGAAAGUACUCGGUUAAGUAGCUUUAAAACAGCAGGUGCUUCAUGCAUUAAGUGCAUGCUCAGUUGACUUCAGAUAAAUGAAAGUUUAUUGAAUGCAUAACUGAACCUACGCAGAGGAUUGACUUCCACUUAUGACUGGAUGAGGAGAGGGUAAAUGUUGAAACUGGGUGUUAUUGUGUGUGUUUUGAGCAAGAUGAACGUGUUAGUGUUUACCCUUCUGUUACAAUGAAACAUAAUACAAUUCUCAAAUUCAAAAUAAGUGUUCGAAGUGUCAUGUGUGCUUGUGUUUUCAAAAUAUGUGAUCUGCGUGUCGAGUGAUCUUGUGUGCAUCAAGUGUUUUGUCAAAAUAAGUGCCUGCUGCACACGCGUCUAAAAGGUUUAUGAUAAAAGAGACGCUCACAUUCACAAAAUAAAAUCUGAUUAAGCAUGAAAUUAUGAGAGUAUCUGGCAAACGCGAGCGUCUCUUUUAUCAUAAACCCUUUAGACGCGUCUGCAGCAGGCACUUAUUUUGACAAAACACGUGAUGCACACAGGUGACGCGCAGAACACAUAUUUUGAAAUUACGAACCACACACAUGACGGCUACAUACAUGUUGUGACGAACUUCGCAUCGAGCGCCCUCGAAAAAAGAAGUCACCGGCUGCCACUGAGUAAUUCCCAAUUUGAUGGUCGUGAAUUUAGGGACCAUCUCUAAAGUUGCACUUAAAUAUAAACAAUUCUGCUUUAAACAAAAUUUAAAUGAAAUUACUUUGACCUUGUUCACACGGUCAAUCCAAAUCCGAUUUUGAUGCAUAUCCGUUUAAAAUCCGUUUUUUCUAAUCCAUUUUUUCUAAUUUGUUUGGCGAAGACCCCAACUCAUGUGCAUCAGCAGUUUACUUCAAAAUACACAAAAUAUUAUGGAGAGGAAAUUACGUCAUGGGAUUUGAAUUGUCAAGAUAAAAAUAAAACAACAUUUGUUAUCUCAAAAUCAUGAGAAAGUAGGUUGUGGCUUAAGUCAAGACAUUCGCCCUUGGGUUUGGACCGCAGCAAAUGAACCCAGUGUAAAAAUAUACUAAAUGAUUGUAUGGAAAUGGUUGCAAUAGGUUGAUGGUUCGAGCUAAAAACAUUAUUUUGUUCUGUAAUAAUGUUUUCUUUGGGCUUUUGUACCCUUUAAUAAUCUGCAAUUAUGGAGCCAAGAUUAUCCCUCUUCUGACAACACCUAUAUUUGGUUUUAUUGUAAAGUAUACCGUGCUUGCUGUUUACUUCAUCUGUGUUAUAUUGUGUUUUGUAAAUAUUGUUUGUUUUAUGGUGCAAUGUGCAGCUUACUUUUGCUUUGUAUUUUUUAUAAGACUUAGUAAUGUUGGAAUGAAAUGGAAAACAGAGACAUUUAAAUGCAAAUUUUACAUUUUGUAUUUAAAUAUUAAAUGUCUGUUAAGUUGUUCAUAUUAAAAAAUAAAUAAAAAUGCUUUGGCACCUGCUCAUAA